AAUUUCGGAAUGAUAAGUUGUACACACGCGCCUACGUGCGCGUUCGGACGGCGUAGUAACUGUGCGUUUCUUAUGCGGUUUAUUUGUUAACGAAUAUUUUGAUUUAUUGACAGAAAAACUCAGUUGAAAAUGGAAAACGAUAAAAGUACUAUGCUUGCAGUUCUGCAGCUACUCAGAAAAUAUAAUCUAAAGGGAACGGAAGAACUCUUUAAAAAAGAGGCAAAUCUGACAGAUAUCUCUCCAGAUGAAACUCAGCAAACUGAUUCUGAAGUGAACAGUGUCCUUUCUGCUUAUAAAAGUGAAGGAGAUCCUGCUCUUUAUGAAAAAGCAUAUAGCGAACUAAAAAAAUUUGUAGAAGGAUCUUUAGAUAUAUAUAAGCAUGAAUUGGGUACAAUUUUAUAUCCAGUUUUGGUACAUAUGUAUCUUGAAUUAGUUUAUAAUAAUCAUUCUGAAGAAGCAAGAUUAUUAUUGGAAAAAUUUGGUGGAAAUUUGGAAGAAUAUUAUCAAAAUGACUUGAAGAGAUUAUCCAAUGUAACAAAACGUGAACAAAUGGCUGGAAAUGAAUUAACUGAUACUUUUAAGUCAAAUCAGUUCAUAAUUAGAAUGUCAAGGGAUACUCUUUCUAUAUUAAAACGACAUUUACAAGAAAAGAAACAUAGUGUAUUAUUGAAUAUUAUACAAGAACAUCUUUAUUUUGAUAUGUAUGAAGGAGUAGCUAGAAAUAAACAACAGAUAGAUGCUACAUCUGGUGCAGUAGUUGGUGAAGCAACAAGACAAGAUAAUAAGGCCAAAGUUUAUUAUGGACUUUUAAAGGAACCAGACAUUCAAUGUAUGCCUCCAACUGAAGAAGAGGAAGAUGAUACGGGUGGUGUAGAUGGAGAUAAACCGAAAAAGAAAAAAGCCAAAAAAGAUCCAUUAUUUUCAAAGAAAACUAAAUCAGAUCCAAAUGCUCCACCUGUUGGAAGGAUGCCUCUACCUAACUUAAAAGAUGCAGAUAAAUUGGAAAAAGUAAAAGCAUUGAGAGAAGCGUCGAAACGUGUUAUACUUGGUCCUGAUACAUUACCAUCUAUAUGUUUUUAUACAUUAUUGAAUGCAGUACAUACUGUGACAGCAGCUGAAGUAGCAGAAGAUUCAAGUUUACUGGCUAUUGGAUUCAGUGAUUCUUGUAUAAAGGUAUGGAGCUUAGUUCCACAAAAAUUAAGACUGAUGAAGACAGGGGAACAAUUACAAGAUAUAGACAGAGAAGCUGAUGAUGUACUGGUAAGAAUGAUGGACGAUCGUACAGCGGAAACGUCGAGGUCAUUAUUCGGACAUAAUGGUCCUAUAUACAAUUUAUCAUUCAGUCCAGAUAGAAAUCUUCUAUUAUCAUCUUCAGAAGAUAGUACAGUAAGAUUAUGGUCUUUACAUACAUGGACAUGUGUCGUAUGCUACAAGGGUCAUUUAUUCCCCGUCUGGUGUGUAAGAUUUUCACCCCAUGGUUAUUAUUUUGCAACUUCUUCUCACGAUAAAACCGCUCGACUUUGGGCAACUGAUUCUCAUCAACCGCUUCGUAUAUUUGCUGGCCACUACUCAGAUGUAGAUGUAAGUUUAUAUUCGUAAAUUUCAAAUUUAUUAGCAACCGGUUCCAGUGACAUGACAGUAAGAUUAUGGGACUGCGUAACCGGCAGCCAAGUCAGAUUAAUGACAGGACACAAAGCUCCGAUUUACUCCCUUGCUUUUUCCGCAGAAGGUCGAUUUCUGGCGUCGGCCGGUGCAGAUCAUCGUGUUUUAGUUUGGGAUUUAGCACAUGGUCAUCUUGUCGCAGCCUUAUCGAGUCAUUCUGGUACUAUUCAUUGUUUAUCAUUUAGCAGAGAUGGAAAUAUACUAGUUUCAGGUUCGUUAGAUUGUACGAUUAAAUUAUGGGAUUUCACGAAACUUGCAGAAGAAAUGAGUUUAGAAGAUGUGAAUGUAUCGCACAAUCCAGAUGUAAAAACGAACGCAGAAACAUAUCUUCUUCGAACGUUCGCGACAAAAAGCACUCCCGUAUUGGCGUUGCAUUUCUCACGAAGAAAUUUACUUUUAGGCGUUGGAAUGUUCGAAUCAACAUAGCAAACAUAAUAAUGUUUAAACGAAUUCUAAUGAGAUAUGGUCUGGCAUCCAUUCAUCAUUGUUGUAAAAUAAGAACGUUUGUUAAUAAAUUUUUUCACAUUGAUUA